UUUCAUAGCCAAGGCCACCAGUUAUCACGAGAUCGUUCGGUGGAGUUACAGUGCAGUUAAAGUGCACCGAUCCGAGGAGAGAAUGACCCCCACUCAGUGGCGGACAAGAGACAUAGAGGGGCGCUUGUAUAAAGAGUAUGGAUACAGCCCUGAACUCGCAAGUUCUUGCCGGACGUUCCGCGCCUCUCGACCAAAGUUCAGGAAUAAGAGGACUCCGAAGUCCCUCGGAAGAGGGAGAGAGCGCUCCGAGCAAGGGCUCGCAAGGCCUGCGGACUAACCAUGACGGAAAAGGGCUCCAAACUCCUCCAAUUUAUCGCAGCUGCCACUGGGAAUAUGUGCGUCGUCGCCGGAGGAGCCAUGAUGGGUUGGACGAGUCCGAUUCUGCCGAAAUUAGUUUCUUCAGAAGUGGCCGCUGAUAACCCUUUCGGCAGACCUAUCAGCGACGAGGAAGCAUCCUGGAUAGGGUCCCUGGUUCCCUUAGGGACCGUCUUCGGUGCCAUUAUUGCCGGCUACCUUGCAGAAAGACUUGGCAGGAAAAAGACUCUUCUUCUUUGCACCUUGCCAUACACGAUAGGAUGGAUUUUGGUAGGCACUGCAACGAACAUCCCUCAACUUUACGUAGCUCGUUUAAUUUCUGGAAUCGCCCUGGCAGUUCCAUUUACCGUCUUGCCGAUGUACGUCGGGGAAAUCGCUGAGACCUCGAUAAGAGGAGUCCUGGGCUCGUUCCUGCAACUCUUCAUCACCAUCGGUUUCCUCUUCAGCUACGCAAUCGGGCCUUACGUUUCCUACGUGGUGCUUUGUUACUCCUGUGCAACGAUACCACUGAUCUUCUUCUUGUGCUUCCUGCCAAUGCCGGAGUCUCCUUACUAUUUGCUGAGCAAAGGCCGGAAGGAAGAUGCACUCCAAAAUCUGGCGAGGCUGAGAGGAAAAACCGUCCAAGGAGUGCAGAAAGAAGCCGACGAGAUGCAGGCCAUCGUCGAGGAGGCCUUCAGGAACGAGGCGAGCAUGGCCGACCUCUUCACCGUCAAGGCGAAUUUCAAGGCCCUCCUCUUCACCUGCGCCCUGGUGGCCUUCCAACAGUUCAGCGGGAUCGACGUGAUGCUCUUCUACACGGAGGAAAUAUUUAUCAGCGCACACAGUACCAUUCCAUCCUCCAUCUCGACGAUAGUGAUAGGAGUGGUCCAGGUCGCAGCAUCCGUUGUGACGCCCUUCGUGGUGGACCGCCUCGGGAGGAGAAUCCUCCUCGUAUUUUCCGGCGUGGGAGAAACCAUAACUUUGGGCGCACUGGGUCUCUUCUUCUAUCUGAUGGAGGUCUCCAAGAUGGACACGUCCAGUAUCAGUUGGCUGCCCAUAGGAUGUCUGAUGGUCUUCAUCUCCACGUACAGCGUGGGCUGGGGUCCACUUCCUUGGGCCGUGAUGGGCGAGAUGUUCGCCUCGGAUGUUAAAUCCAAAGCCUCCAGCAUCACGGUCUGCAUCUGCUGGUUCAUCGCCUUCAUAAUCACCAAGUUCUUCAGCAACGUCAAGGUGGCCUUCGGCUCGCACACGGCUUUCUGGAUCUUCGGGGUUUGCGCGGCCCUCAGCGUCGUCUUCACCAUCUUCUUGCUGCCCGAGACCAAGGGGAAGACUCUUCAGCAGAUCCAAAACGAGCUCAGCGGAGAUCUCACCGAAGUUCCCGAACUGAACGCCUCCACUUCGUCGAAACAAUGAGCCUAGAAGAAGGAAGAAGAGUCUAAAGAAACGGAAGAGCGCCUCUUCCUUCAAUUUUCCUCCACUGAGAUUAAAGUCUUCCUUCAACUGGGGAGACAUUUCUUCGGAUGGCACGAAGAAGUUCCUCUAUGUCGCAUUUUCUUUGGCCGACUCGGACGAGCGACCUAGUCACGUCGAUUCCUCCUUCUUUCCGCCAUUAUCGAUGAGUUUCUGACUUUUCAGAAUUUACUCCACAGUCUUGUGGAGAUUUUCCUAUGGAGUUUUCUUCACCGAUUGCAGCUUGAAAGGGGUACAUAGACGUUGGGUAAAACACUGAAAAUAUGAGUGGCGAGUGGAAGCUGUGGAGGCCUGUAUUUAAUUACAGACAAUUAAUGUAUUUAUUAUUCGUACUACGAGUACGAGAAGAAGAGGGAUGUCUCACGGAAUCUCCAGAGAGUAGCAGAGGGAAUCCUUACCGGGAUUUUACAUCGAGCAACCAGGUGAUGACCGGAUGCUCUACGAGGUCUCAACCUGAAGAAACGAGAGAAGAAGCUGACGACAAAACUGAACAAUUUGUUAAUAUUCUUUUAAACGAGCUCAAAAGUGUAUGUACUCGCGGUACCUGAGGUAUAAUAAACUGUAAAAUAAUUAAUGUAAUAAAGCAACUUAUUGAACAAUAA